AUGCAAGAUAACGAGCAUCAUUCCUACUCGGCGCCGACCGAGGAGCACCUGGACACAUUCCGCAAAUUCAUCAGCACACAGAACCAGGAGCUGCGAUCGCUGGAAUCUGCUCUCGAAGAUUCAUCCACGGAUGUUUGGGAUCCCUACCAGGACGUCGUGGGCAUCGAGCUGAGAGCUCAUGAGGACUGUCACAUCUCGACGCUGAUAGAGACAGACAGCAAGGACAUCUCCAAAGUCCUCAUCGUCUUCUCGACCGUGGCAGAGGAGUGUGCGAGGCUGGUGGACGUGGCAGAGCAGAGAUUCUUCGGCCCUCUCUCCUGCUACGGGGAGAGGUUUGACAACUCGCCGCUGCCCGAAGGAGCUGAAGUCGAGCAGAUAUCUUCCUUCAUCCCCCUCCUCGAAGAUCUUAGCCACUUCGCCGCUCGCUGUCACUCCGUGGUGGCCAACGCGCUGUCGCAGCUUGCGGGUCUGUACACCGACGAGAAGAACACCCUGUACAAGUCGUGCUUCAAGGGGACGCGCCUGCACUCCUUUCUCACCCAGCUGGGAGAACUCCUCCGCGUGCUGAUCACGCUGGACGGGCUGGUGGGCAGCAACCAGGAGCUGCAGUACCACUGGUCGGAGUACAAGCGCGUGCUGCAGAGCGCUGCGCUGGAGCCUGAGGUGUUUGGGAUGAGGCCGAAGAGGAUCGCCAAGGUGCUCAUGGCAGUGAUGCGGCUGGAGGCGGACGUGUUCAACGGCGCGAUGCUGCGGGGCUGCUGGAUGCAGGACCUGCCGUGGUACCACGAGAAGGGGGAGGGAGAGAUCAGAGCCAACAAGACGAUGCUGGAGGAGGUCACUAGCACCAUUCGCUCUCUCCUCGUCUACCUCUCCGCCCACAUCGGAGACGCCACCGAGUCCAACCACCGCAAGUGGUUCGUGGGAGUGGUAGGGCUGUUUGCGCUGUUUGCGCAGGUCAACAGGGGGCGGGAGCUGGACAGCAAGACGUACAAGUCCAUCGUCAGCUUGUCGAGCAAGGUGCCGCUCAUCGUCCUCUUCGGCCGCGCGUUCUUCGUCGUCACCGACUUCCUCCACGACGCCCUCCCGCUUCCGGCGACCAAGACCAGGGAGAAGGAGCUGGAGAAGACCCGGGCGCUGUUCCUGAAGCAAGAGGAAGCUCUCCUGCAGCAGCUGCAGCGUCUGCAGCUCGAAGUCUCUGCCUGGAUGGUCAGGAUGGAGUCCAGCUUCUCCCCUAGGGUCGGCCUCACCGAAGUCCUCAGUACCCGCGCAAACCUCCUGGUACAGGGAGUCCUGCUCGCCUCGCAGCUGGGAAACGUGGGCAAGCUGUCGCUGAGCGGGCAUCUGUGGACGAGGACGGCGAUCCGGCAGUCUAGCCUGAAGCCGCUGAUGCAGAGCUUCUUGCUCCUCAAGGCGCUGCAGCAGACCUACCACAGGAAGAGCUUUCUCAUCGCUUCCCACCUCGUCCACAUCCAGCGUUUCCUGCAGCUGCGCGUGCUGCACAUCCUGGACCCGAUCUGCAAGGACCUGGAGACGCAGAUCGCCACGGCGAGGAAGGGAGGAUGGAAGGUAGAGGAGCCCAAGGUGCACAUGGCGGCGCUGGUGACGGCCAUGUGCGACAACCUCCGAGGCCCCAACACGCGGCAGAGGAGGACGGUGGUGAACCUGGCAUGGGACCUGCUGCCGAAGAAGCAGAUCAGGGAGGGAGACGUGGACGAGGUGGGUCUGCAGCUGCGGAAGUUGGAGAUCCUGGGGAGUCUGCAGGAGAUGGUUGGGGAGGCGACGGACUGUUCUUUCCUCCUGUGGAGCAGAGGGCUGCUCCCGCUGUUCCUUGCUGACCUCCGUUCCAACUGGAAGGACGUCAACCAGAUCCAUGGGCUGAUGGCGGCGAUGGGAGACGCUGGGAGGCUUCUGAAGGAGGCGGAGGAGGAGGGGCACAUCCCGUCGAGCUCGGUCAGCAGCUUCAGCCGCUUUCUCAAGGAGACGGUGGAGUGGGAGAUCGUCACGCCCCUGAGCCAGGAGAUCGAGACUGACCUGAGGAUUCAUAUCCACAGCGCGCAGAUCUCGCAGAUGGUCAAGUCAAACCCUCUCAAGAGCGGGACGCUGGACCUCUUCGCGUGCCUGCAGCUGCAGCCCGUGUUUGUGGUGGAUGAGUUUGUGAACAUCAAAGAGAGGGUGGCGAGCUACCUGGACUCAACGUUCUACGACCUGACAACCGUGACAACUCACGACUGGAAGACAUACGCAGAAAUGAAGAAUUUAGCACAAGACAAGUACAGAUUGUCCCUCAUCGAGACGUAUUUGCCGACAGGAACGCUGGACCAGGGGCUGGACGUGUUGGAGAUCAUGCGGCACAUUCACGUGUUCGUUGCCAACUACACCUACCACCUUCAUACUCAGGUUUUCAUCGAGAAACCUGGAGAGAACAAAUACAUCCGCAGCAUCGGUAUCCAACAAGUCGCCAACUCAAUCCGCACCCACGGGAUGGGAAUCAUGAAUACGACAGUCAACUACACAUACCAGUUUCUGGCUCGCAAGCUUGCUAUUAUGUCUCAGUUUCUCUUUGACGACCAUAUCAAGUCAAGGCUUGUCAAGGAUGUCAACUUCUUUCGCCAAAACAAGAUG